AAUCUAAAAAAGAUAUUAAUAGUAUAAAAAAUACUUAACUUUAUAAGGAAUUUACAUAUUGUGUCUUGAAUAUUACUAAAGCAUAGUUACAACAGUUUUUCUGGACAAAUAGUCGAGUCAGGGAUUACAAACUGAAGUCAGAUCUAGGUUUUUGAAUUGAAACAGUUUUGAUCUAGGGGUGCAAUAUCUCCCACAAUGAACAGAAAGUGAAUCCUCGUAUUGGAUAUAGAUGAUAAUAUAGAUGCGUGAUUUCUUGCAGUGAAAACCAUGUUGCAUUCCGUCUAUCACGAAUAGGUAUAUCCCGUAAUCACGACGUUCGUGAAAUAUUAGUAAAAUCACGAACUAAUUCUAAGUGCUGAGACUAGUAUUCGUUUAUGAAAUCAAUUACAUAAUAUUAUGCAUACAAAAAUUAAUACUGUACUAAGUAUCGUCUUGAGCAAUUUAUCCACCACCACUAUGUAUCUAUCUACCUACUAUGUAGUGUAGGCCACUAUGUAUAUUAUGAUUGAAAACAUCAAUUCUAAGAUAAAUCCUCAAUCACUUACCAUGCUUUACAAGAAAAUUAUUGUGUAUCAUAUUUAAAAGUUUCUGUUACUACACUACACUAAACUAUCUAACGUACUUUUUUAAUUAAAUUUAAUCUGCAAUCUGGCACCAAGGCCAUCUUGCUCCUUCGAGGACUUGUACUACAAGUAACAUUUGGUAAAUGGGUUAUAAGGUGCAAAAGCUGCUAUACACGACUCAACAAGGCUGUUUUACGUCAAUGCUGUAUCACGUGCAACGCGGUCGACCUUUAAACGCUCCCUCUUUCGCUCGAUCGCGGUUCAACAUGAGUAGAAAUUUUAAUUAUAUAACGUAACCUAUCUCAGCGGCAGUAAAAUAUUAGAGCUAUUCCAAUUCAAAAUUUGAUUUGGCACCUAAGAGUGGCUACUUCUAUUUACAUGGGUUUAAGGAUGAAUGUUAUAUUGAACCGUGAGGUAAGUAGGUAUUUGGGAACCAACGAUAAAUGAACAGCCUUCUCGAGAUGAGGAGAAGUUUCAUUAGAGAAUUUCAUUAAAUUCAGUAUGAAGUAAGAAUUACUAGAAGAUAACGUUUGUUUCUACGAUAAAACCUUGGUUCUAAUUGAAAUAAUCCAUUAUCGCUUUCAUAAUCUUUACUGCUGUUUAUGCAAUAAGUUUGAGGUACAAAGUAGACUGCUUGAAUGCCACUCCUGAAAGUAUUUAAAUUAUUGUUCUUCAUUUUUUGAAGCCGAAACUAUGUGCUAGUUGUGGUACAUGUAUGGUUGUCAUAAUGUUUCUAAUCUUUGCUAAUAGCAAUGUCUAUAGAUUCUCGUUAAAAUAAAUAUUACUGACUAGUACAAGUAUGACUGUCGUGACUAGCUAAAUAUUUAGUUUUCCAUUUUCUAGUGACCAUGAGAAAUCGGACAAUACUCAUGAAGAUCAACAUAAUUACUGUUUUACCUGUCAUUGGGCAUAAGAUAAGAUCAUCAUAGUAACAGGAAAAUCACAGUUGAUACCUACCUACAAUAGAAAAUGUGAUCUUACUUAGAGUUGUCACUUGUUAUGACCAUAUUAAAUAAAUUAUUCAUUGUUCCUUUGUUAACAAUUCUAUUGUGAGUGAAAUUAUUUACAUUUUAUCUUCACCAUACUGUCAAAGAGAAUGUUGUAAUGUCUACGAUAAGCUAUUUUCUAUUUUCCUUCUCGAGUAGUAAAGUAGGUACUUUAGAAUGAAAAUUGCGAUCGUAUUGUGCAGUCCAAGGUCGACUCGGCGAAGUGUAAAAAAAGUCAGAUACGUGAUUUUAUGUGGGAAAUAAAACAACAUUUUAUCAUGCGGGUACGAAUAUGAUUAGCAUGGUAACUGUUUCGAUAGUAGUAACAAACGACAAGCGAAAAUUCAAUAGGUACGUAGGUACCUACUUAAAUUAAAAAACGAUUUCUUGUUUCAAUAUAUUUCAUGGCGUAUUUUCCAAAGGUCCUUUGUUAUAUUUUAUGAGUUAAAGUUCGCUCGUUUAAUAUUUGUUUGCCUUCGUUAAAGUCCUUCACGACUUCGCUUAGCGAGUUUGUCGUCAUAAACAAACAUUUAUAUUUGUGCUGUGUUAUUAUGAUAUCGCAGACCAAUCGAAGGGCACUGGGGUGUCGGACAAGUUUAAAGUAGAACUAGUGAAAUUAAAAGUACCUACGAAAUAAGUGAACCUAAGAAGUGAUAGUAAAUAGUUAAGGAGUGUGCGGGGAGUGUGGAUCGGCGUGAGGCGGGCGGGGCCGAUGAUUGCGGGUCGGGCGCGUCACGGCAGAGGGCGGUGCGGGAUCGGGCGCGGGGUGCGCGGAGGGCUCGCGCGCCUCGCCGCCGCCCGGCUUCGAUCGCGAGCUCUUCCAGGAGUUGAGCUUCCUCCCCGACGCAGAACUCCGAGAGUGUCUCGGCGAGUAUCCUGACUUCCUGUACCACCUGGCGAGGGACAGUUCUAUGCAGCAACAGGGUGAGCCAAAUGACAAAAACCUACAAUGACAUCGAAGCGGUAACACGGCUCUUAGAAGAAAAAGAAAAAGAUUUAGAGCUGACGGCGCGCAUCGGCAAGGAGCUCCUGACUGCGAACGGGAGGCUUGAAGCUCGUGUGACCGCACUCGAGGGUGAGCUGCGCAGUGCGCGGGACCUCGUCACUCAGUUGCGCCACGAAAUAUCCUCUAAGAGUGAUUUGCUGCAGGUUUUAACCGAUGACACAGAAGAGGGUUCACCAACAGAGGAGCAAGAGGCGCCGACGGCGAUUGCUUUGAAGCGACGAACUGGCGCCCUGGAGCGGGAAAACCGCGCGCUGAGGGAGGAGGCCGCGCGCCUCGCCGCCGGCGCCGACUCCGCCGAGCUCGCCGAGAGGCAGCUGCUCAGGGAUAUCGCUGCUCAGCUGUCGAGUGCAAACUCGGAAGCGAACGUGCUUGGCACGGAGCUGGCGGAGGAGCGGCAGCGCUCGGCCGAGUUGCAGUACCAGCUCGACACCACUAACACACGACUCGCUGCCACCGAAAGAAAUUUACAACAGUUAACCACUGAACACGAACACACGCUUCGAAUUUUGGAAAUAACAAAAGAUAACCAAAAUGCACUCGCCGCGGAGUUGGCUGACGCUAAGGAGCGGUAUGCAGAAGUGGCAGCGUUGCUGGCCGAAGCUCAGGAGCAGUUGCGCGCGGUGCGGAAGCGAGGAGAGGUCACGCGCGGCCUCAUGCCCUCCGUGGCGGCCGCGGCGGGGCUGCUGCCCGCCAGCCUGCAUCGAGAGAUGCACUCUUCCGUCUACUCCGAGCUCAGUCUCGACUCUGGCAUUGGAGACCCACUUGCUCAUUCAAGCAUGCAGAAAGUAUUCGAGACCGUGCAGUGCGCGUCGCGCUGGUCGGGCGCGUCGCUGUCGGGCUCGGAGCCGGACGCGGCGCCCGCCUACAAGCCGCCAACUAAACCCAACUCCUCAGACUCCUUCUUUGAAGAUGUAUCUGACACUGAGUCGGAAGAUUUGUAUCCAGGAAACACAGGGGUUGGCGUCCCGGGCGCUCCCGGCGCGGCGGAGCUAGCGGCGGCGUUGCGGCGGCUCACACCACAAGAAAUCAACUCUAGGCGGGCUUCCUUAGCCGCCUCGCACGUGCUGAGGCAUCGACGACGGACGGAGAGAGAUUUAAGCGAAGAGAGCGCGGUAUGGGGUGCGGGCGCGGCGGGCGGCAUGGCGCGGUUUCGGCCGCCACACAAGCUGCAAAUCGUCAAGCCGAUGGAGGGAUCCCUCACGCUACACACCUGGGCGCAGCUCGCUAAACCAACCAUGUCGGGUUUACUGGAAGAGCAGGAAGGCGUGGGUGUGCGAGGGUCGCGAUCCGCGCAGGCGCUGGGCAUGCGCGUGUACCGGCUGUCCGACGUGGAGGAGGACGACGACAUGCCGCGCCUGCCGCACUCGAGCCACAUCUACACCUUCACCAACAGCACGGUUUUACAUCCAAACGAUGGCAGCCUCGUAGGUAGCAACGUGAGCAGCGUCUGCAGCAGCGGUAUGAGCAGCCUCUCUAGCUCCGUGCUGGGCAGCGCGUGGAGCUCGCGCCUCACGUCGCGCCGCUCCUCCGCCGCCGUGUCGCCCGUGCACUCGCGCCGCGACUCGCUCUGCCAGCCGCCCUCGCGACACUUCACGCCCACGGCCACGCCCGCCAACAGCCCGCUGCUCGGCUCGCCCGACUCCUCGCCGCCGCCCACGCCGCGCCCCGGCGACGCGCCCCCCUCGCUGCACGCCCUCAUCGCGAGCGGCACCUCCAUCCUCCGCCGGCGGUACCUCAUAUCCCCAGCUUCCGACGGCUCCCCAUCUCCGCUGGCGCUGCAAACACCGGGAUCUCUAUACAUGGGGCUGCUUCAUCGAAGUCCGAUGGAGCAGUUGACUUGUUUGAAGCGAACCCUUCGAUCUCCAGCCGCGGCGCCGACGGAGCGGUGUGAGACGGCAGACGCCCCAUUAGGAGUUCCUGCGCAUCCCGGUGAAGGCGCAUUGGACGCUGCUGCUCAUGGUGGUCCUGGCACGAACGGUCGAAGAGGCAGAGUGCGAGCGCCGCGGCCUCGCACGGACUUGGGCACGGUGGGCUCGACGCCGACGAGCAGCACGCCGGCGCAAUCCUCGCCCCUCGGUACGCUCAGCACCUUUCUAUUCGGCCGCAAAGGUGGCUUACUGUGAGAGUGCGAGCCUUUCCGACUCAUCAGAGGUGCUUCCGUAGAUCGCUCGGACGCCGCUCGAUUAGAAAACCGCAGAGUGCGUUUUGAGCCGCGUCACGCUAAGCGAUCGUUCUGAAUUGAGGCGAAUAGUUAUAGUGAUUGCUGCGUGCAACCUUGUGUACUGAAUAAUGAUAAAGAUACUUACUUUUGUGCUCAAACAGCAGUUUUGUUUUUAGAAUAAUCAAUUCUCAACAUUUUAUACGAAGUAAUUACUGUUACCAUUCGCCUCAAUGGGGCGUAGCCUUAUUGAUUUUUUUACUUGUGAUUUAGAUGUAGACGAUUUUUUUAAGCGAAAACCCGAUAGGCCUAUCGGUAAUGUAGGCAUAAUUCGAUUAACAUCGACAUGAUUGGUAUUAUUUUAUGUUAUGAAACAUUUAUGUCUGUGAGUCCAUUAUUAUUUUUUUUGACAUUGUUUGUUUUGUAGUAAUUUGUAUUUUUUUAGAAUUGCUUUUGCAUUUAUGUGGAUGACUAUGAAUCUGAAUUGAUCUUUAGAAAGACUUGUAUACGUCGCCGUUGUAGCAUUUUCAAAUCUAACACAUUCCUUUGAACAAACUAGUAUUAAUCGAAUGCAUGCAUAUUGAAGCAGGUCAGAAUUAUCAAGAGAACCGAACGGCCAAUUUAUUUACAGCGAUAUCCUUUUGGCACUAAAUAAAAACAAAGUUCAUAAUAAUUAUUACAAGUUUAAAAUAAACACACUGCCUAGGUAUAAAGGUCCAAACGCAUUUGCGCUGCGCUGCGCGACGCGACACGUAGUUGUCUGCCGCGUCACGCUCAAGUGCGCCUUGCUCCAUGCAAACUCGCAUAUCUAUACUAAUAUUAUAAAGAGGUAAAGUUUGUAAGUUUUUUUGUAGGAUCUCUGGAACUACUGAACCGAUUUUGAAAAUUAUUUCACCAGUACAAAACUACAUUUUUCCUGAGUAAUAAUUUCCAGAAAAUUACAGAUCCCUACGAAAAUUGUAAUGCGCUACCCGUCGUAUUGUAUGCGCGCCGCGUCGAGCAGCGCUACUCAAGUGCGUUGGGACCUUUAAACGCAAUUAGUUUCAAGGAUGGGCAUUAAUCUUAUUAUUUUGAGACUGACAUCUUAGUUACAUAUCUUACAAUUUUCGCCCUUUGAUAGCUUGUUAUGCUUCCAUUUUCGUAUACGAUUUUGAAUCGUUUUUAUUUAACGUCAAAAGCACUAUUGCAAUUAAAUUGUAGACUUAAUAAAAAUUAAAGAUCUUUGUUUCCUUUUUUCAUUAAUUAAUUCGAUAAAAAAAUUUGACAAUUAUUUAUACUAAAAAAUAUUUAACAAGUGCUAUAAAUUCUGGUUGUUUUCAUAUUUCGAUGAAAGUUCUAAUCAUAUACUUAAUCAAUUUAUUACUAUGAUAAACUAUGAUAUCAUUUCUUUUUUUAUCUUUUCAUAAUAGGUACUUAGAUAUUAAUAAGUUUCAUAAAAUUAUCAUUGUAAAUAACUAAUUGAAUUUCCAUUAAUAAUUUAGAAGAGUACAAAUUAUUUGUUUUUAUAAAAAUUAGUAACAUUUGUAAUGAACAUAUGAUAUAAAAUUAUAAUUCAAUUUUAUAUUUUGAUUCUUAUAAGGUGCAAAGUAUUUGUUAUUAUAAUAUUUUAAUAAAGAACAUUUCUGUUAACUUAAUUACUAACUCAGGGUCUAAAUGUAAAAGUGGUGCAUGCCAUAGAUUAAAAGUUUUCAAUUGAAAUUACUAGGCUCAAGGCACAUUGGGUCAUCUUUUUUAUACACUCAUACGUGCAUUACGCAAAUGUACGUAUUAGUGUAUAAAAAAAUUCACGCGAAUACUCGCGUCGACGUUCGUUUGACUAGUUUAUUUUGCUUCACAUUAGCAUAUUGAAGAUAAUUUUCAGUAUUCUUUGGAACAUUUUGGUAGAGACGCCUCGCUGCGUUUCAACCUUGCGUCAAUAUGCCUUGAGCCUUACUUGUGUCAUCAGCUUGGCAUUCGACCGAAGAACUUUUGUUCACAGUCUUUAAUUUUACUUUUGAUAGCUUUAUUAUUUAUUUAUCACGUAAGUUUAAAACGGGGAGGAGAAGUGAUUAUUAUCUUUAUAAUCACAAUCAGUGAAUAUUUAUUAAUAUCAUGUUAACUAAUAGGUAAUUAUGACUAGGUUUUUCUAGUUUUUUAGUCCUGAUUAUUACUUAAUACUUAUAUUAAUAUCACACACUUAGAUCCAGUUAAAAUGAACGUAGGCAUAUUGUAUAAUUAGUUUCAUGUCAUUUUCUUAGUGCGUUUUAAUAUCAAAUGUCUUGCUAGAUAAAAUAUUAAACAAUGAAAAUUGUUUUUUUUGUCAAUAAAAAAAUUUCAAUCGUAACUGAUGUAAUACGAGGUAAAAAUAGUGUACUGAUCAUUGUUAGGAUGGCAAUUUUUGUUAUUGAAAAAAUGUGCUAGUUAAGUAACAAAAGUUUCAAAAAUAAUAUUUUGACUGGAUUACUUAAUAUUGUGUGUGUACUUCUCCAACCCUGUCGGUGCUAGGUAGCAACUAUGCCAGUGAGGUUCCCUUGUGUGGUUAAAAUAAUCGCACGAAUUUAGUUUUUUAGUCAUUUAGCAGUAUCCUGUAGGUUAAUAGGCUAUUAUUGAAUUCAGUUUAUGCUUUAAUCAGAGGAUCGUAGUAAAUCACUUACAUGAUUUGUUGAUGGUAGUCAGGAAGGCUGUGAGGCGAUUCAUCUUGCGAACGAUUGUUGUAAGUUGCUGGGGUUUACUUAAUACAGUGAGUUAGCACAAACUGUAAGUCGUAUGAGGGUAACUUGUUGAGAUUUGACGAUAACAACAAUAUUGUGGAUAAUAAUGAUUGUAUUAUAAUAGAAAUAUAAUUUAUUCCAUGAA